CGUCGUCCGUAUGUAAACAGGACAUUUAACUUGCCAGCUGACGGACACGACCCGACCCGAGCAGAGGCAAGAAGCUCGCUUUUGAACCUCAGGCGGGUCCACCUGUUGGAGUAUUAUGCAACAUGAGCCUGCGAGGACCCCGUCGGUGUUUCAGCUCUGUGAGGGAAGCCCCUCCCUGAAGGCACCCACCCACUCCGCCCCUCACAACUUUGCGGAGACGCUGCCGACAGAGAUGAGCGAGCAGAUCUUCGGCGAGCUGGACGCAGGGAGCCUGUGCAGCGCCUCGCAGACCUGCAAGCUGUGGCACGCCAUCAUCGAGCAGAGCGAGCAGCUGUGGAGGAGCCAGUGUCUGCUGGUGAGGGCUGUCUGCCAGAGGGAGGUGGACCGGGACCGGGGCCACGGCUUCUCCUGGAAGGUUACCAUGGAGAGGAACUACACCCGCUGCUGCGUGAAGAGCGACUGGUUGAGAGGACGCUACAGCCACGUACGCUCGGCCGACGAGCUGAUCAACAGGAAGAUGGUUCCGCUGGACGCAGAGACGUGGGGGGAGAUCCUGCAGGCCGAGCUGGACCGAUGACGCCGAAGUUUCUUUUACAACUGAAGCACUUCUGAUUUAAACUCUAAUAUAUGUUUUAUACUUUACAUUUAAAGACAAACAAUUGUACAUACUUUUUAAGUAUUUUUUUUUUUAAGAAAUCAUGGAAAAUGAUUGGCUUUGAUGUAAAUACAGCUGCGAUGUCAUGAACCAGA